AUGGGAACAUGGGGAUUUACUGUUUGGUGGGCAGCAAUAGCCAAGCAUUUUCCAAGGAGAACAGGCCAAGAAAUUAAGAACCGUUGGCACGCUCAUGUCAAGAAACGCUUAACUAAAACGGGUGUUGAUUCGACGACCACGGACUCCACCUCGUCCAACAAAAACUCCGAUGGUAUCACUGUCAUCACCGCAGCCGACAAAGAAUGUGCUAGACCACAACAGUCUGAAUCGGCAUUGCUACUCAAUAAGUUAGCCACUAGAAUCGCCCAAUGUGUACGGCCUCCUCAAACCCUUCCACUCAACGCCAAUGAGAUGACAGUUGAUUUCUUGUCUGAGCUUGGAAUUGUAGUUCAUGUUGACCAUCCCAACAUUGCUACUUAAUUUUGAUUUCCGCAAAGCUUCUUUAUUUUGAUUUCUUCACAAAGAGAUGGUAUUGAAGGCGGAAUGUUCCUUGUUCUUCAAUUGUCCCCCUAUGGAAGCCUGGCAUCGAUACUUUACGGCCCUAGGACGCAAAUGAAUUGGAGUCUCAGAUUCAAGAUCACCGUAGGGACUGUUGAAGGCCUUGCCUAUCUUCAUGAAGGUUGCCAACGAAGAAUUAUCCAUAAAGAUAUCAAGGCGGCGAACGUAUUGCUUUCGGAGCAUUAUAAUGCUCAGAUUUCAGAUUUCGGCCUUUCAAAGUGGUUACCUGAUCAAUGGACCCAUCAUACCGUCUCUAAAGUCGAAGGCACAUUCUUUUACCUUCCUCCCGAGUGUUUCAUGCAUGGCAUAGUCGACGUAAAAACAGAUGUCUAUGCUUUCGGUGUAUUGCUAUUGGAGCUUAUCACAGGGAGGCAAGCCGUCGAUAGUUCACACAAGAGUCUUGUUAUCUGGGCAAAACCAUUGAUACCAGAAAAUAAAAUCAACGAGCUGAUCGAUCCAUUGCACGGGGAUGACUAUGACCCGGACCAAUUAAAACAUUGCAUCACAACAGCUUCGAUGUGUAUAAAUCAAUCGGCGAUAGAUCGACCCCAAAUGAGCCAGGCUUUAGCCAUUCUUAAAGGCGAUCUUAGCUGCCUUGAGAUACUGAAAGAACGCUCCGCUCAUCGGAGGACGUACUCGGAAGAGAUCUUUGAUGCAGAAGAGUAUAACUCCACCAAGUGUUUGAAUGACUGA